UGUAUUUGCUUCAAUCCUUGUUAUCACAAGUGCCGAUAUGAGAGCCCAUCGCAUGCGCCGAACUUCAAACAUAUCUUAGUGCCUAGUCAUUCAGUAUAUGACUGAUGUUUCAAAUUUUUUUUGUUGCUUAAGGAGCACUCUGCAAUAAAAGCGAGUAUUAAGAAGUUCUUCAAUGCAGCACCUGAUUUUUGCUUUAAUUCCAUUGGCUGGAGGCUUUCUAUCUGUGAACAAAAACGAACCGAUCUCCAGGAACUCAAACCAUUAUCCUGGUCCCUUUCAUGUGAAUCGGUCUAACGCAGCACAUCCUGGUCGAUGCGAAAGCGGAUGGACUUAUUACGAUGAAACCGAUGCUUGCUAUAAGAUACCGUCAUCGCUAAGAAAUUCGGGAUGUUUCAAGCACCUCUCAUACGUGCAAGUCCUGAUGGCGAGCAUAUUCUUCAAGCGUCUAGCUUUUCAUAAAAUGCAGUUUUGCUUAGUAUCCCAAAGCUUGUGCCAAUAAUUGCUUUAGAGCAAUAAAAACUUGGAAA